CGCGGCUCCUCCCCGGGCUCCGCCUCCAGCCCCCAGAGUCCUCGGCUUCCUGGAGCCCGGGUUGAUUGCGCCUCCUUGCCCUAGCCUUUGGCCUUGGCCGGGCCCGGGGCCGCAUGGAGCCGGCGGGGGCGUCCCGGCUCAGCCCAGACCUUGUUUACCAGCUGGCCGGGACCCUGGGCACCGAGCUGCAGAGACUCGCCAGCCGCUUCGGGCCCGGUGCGGUGGCCCGCCUGGUGCCCCAUGUCGUGCGUUCGCUAGAGCUGCUAGAGGGGGCGGCGGCGGGGGCUCCCCCCGACCCUGAGGAAGGCAAGGGCGCGAGCGAGCGGGCCCCGAGGAGCCCCCCGCGAGAGCUGCGGGACGGGGACGAUCCUCGGGAGGAGCGGCUCCUGCUGCGGCAGCUGAAGCAAGUGACCGACCGGCAGCGGGACCAGCUCCGCGCGCAGAGCCGGGACCUGCAGCUGAGGGUGCAGGAGGUGGAGGCGUUGCAGGAACAGCUGCAGCGGCUGCUGCGAGUGAAUGGGGAGCUCCGGGGGAAGGUGGCCGCCGUGCAGGUCCAGCUGCGGGCAGCGCUUCAGAGGGCAGCCGACGCCGAGGGGGCCCGGGAUCAGGCCGCGGCGCGGGAGGCGCCCCAGGGUGCCCCCGAGCAGGCUGUUUCCCGUCUGUCCGACGCGGAGCCUCCGGCUCAGGGGAAGCCCAAUGGCUUCAGCCGAGAGGAGGUCAGCCAGAUCCUGCAGGAGCGAAACGAGCUGAAAGCCAACGUGUUCUUGCUGCAGGAAGAGCUGAAUUAUUACCAUCGGGAGCUGCUGACGGACCAGUGGGUCCCUGGGUUCCUGCUUAAUGCUAUGAAACUGACUGUGAAGAAGCAGCGGAGGAAGAUCAAGGCCAAGAUGCUGGGGACCCCUGAUGAGCCAGGGAGCAGUGAUGAAGGGGAUGAUGAUGAUGACAGCGAGGGAGGCUCGUGGCUACCACCCUCUGUUGUGGAUGGGGCAAGCCCACCUGCUGCCCCUGAAUCCAGAAUCAGGAGUUUCUUCAGCCUUUGGUAUCGGGGAAGCCCAGAGCCCCCUUUGGAUCCCCCACAGACUGGAGACCCCAGCUGCUCCCAGGAGGAGCUGAGUGUGGAAGAAAAGGAGCUACCAGCACCUCCCCCCUCUGGGGGGACCUCGUGACUACCCAGCCUGACCAAGCCCUGGCUCAGUACUUUUCAAUGAACAUCAUAUAAUGCUGUAUCCCUAUUCCCUUGAAAGUCUGGCACGUAGCUGGUACCUAAUAAAUGCUUGUUGACUGAC